AAAAGGGUGGUACCGAUUUGAGUUGUUUCUAUGCCGAGUGGUUGCUCCAUUUCCGGCCGUCGUCGACCUGCACUCUGGACGCCGUAUCAUGUAAAGAAAGGCGUAUGCAUAUGAAUUCAAACAAAACGCAUCGUUCAUGACUGCGUUUUUCUUUUCCCCUUUUCUAACGUGGGCGUACCCUUUUUUGGGGAGGGGCCUGUUUUGAAAGCACGCCAAAAGCCGUUUGCCUGACCUCCAUCUCCCUCCAUGAAUUGACGCACACAGAGAGAGAGAGAGAGAGAGCACCGACGAGCUCUUCUCCCCCAUUUAAUGCGUGCUGGUUCGUUUGGCUCUCUCAUUUCUCAAAGAGAGUGAGAGAUCAUGCCUGGAAUUUGGUGAGCGAGAGUAGGUUAUCGAGAGAGAGAGAGAGAGGGUUGUGCUGUAUAUGUGCGUGUGCUUGGAUGAGUUGAGGGGAGGAGGAAGAAGAUGAUGCAGCAGCGGCGGCUUAUUAGGCUCCGCAGUGUCUCCUUACUGAGGUUCAUCUUCGUCUUUGCUCUCACCACCAUCUCCCUCGCUGCCCUCCUCUCCUAUCACAUCUUUCCCGCCGGCAAGGUCCCUCUCCUUCACGUCCCCCUUGCCAAGCAUGAAAUUGCCAUUGAAAGGCGGAUUGGUGAGCUACAUUGGACAACUGAGUCUUCUCCUCCUCAGCUGCUGAAAGAAUCUUCACAGAAGCUGGACAAGGUCAACGGCAUGGCGGAUCUUAGCAAACUGUGGAGACGUCCAUCCAACCGUAGUUUUACGCAGUGUGUGGAACCAAGUGAAUCAUAUGAAGGUCCUAAUGGGUCAGAAGGAUAUCUACUGGUUCACACCAAUGGGGGACUUAAUCAGAUGAGGGCUGGGAUAAGUGACAUGGUAGCUGUAGCCCGUAUCAUAAAUGCAACUCUUGUAAUCCCAGAACUAGAUAAACAAUCAUUCUGGCAGGAUUCAAGCAAUUUCUCUGAUGUGUUUGAUGAAGAGCACUUUGUAAGCUCAUUGAUCAGUGAUGUUAAAAUUGUGAAGAAAUUACCAAAGGAGAUGUUGGCAGCACCCAAAAUACUGAAGCAUUUUAGAAGCUGGUCAGGAUUGGAGUACUAUUUGUAUGAGAUUUCUUCCUUGUGGAAGGAUUAUGAGGUAAUCCAAGCUGCAAAAUCUGACUCACGGCUAGCAAAUAAUAAUCUGCCCUCAGACAUACAGAAAUUGCGAUGUCGAGCUUUCUACGAAGCACUUCGCUUUUCCCCCGGCAUAGAAGCCUUGGGAAAGUUACUGGUUGAGCGAAUGAGAUCAUAUGGUCCUUACAUUGCUUUGCAUCUGCGUUAUGAGAAAGACAUGCUUGCUUUUAGUGGUUGCACCUAUGGUUUGUCAUCAGCCGAAGCAGAUGAAUUAACCACUAUCAGGGAAAACACUGCACAUUGGAAGGUGAAAGAUAUUGACCCUGAAGAACAAAGAGCAAAGGGUUAUUGUCCUCUGACACCAAAAGAAGUUGGGAUAUUCCUUACAUCUCUUGGAUAUCCCUCAAAUACUCCAAUCUACAUUGCAUCUGGGGAGAUUUAUGGUGGAGAUUCCCUUAUGACUGAUCUGAGAUCUCAUUUUCCCUUUCUAAUGAGCAAGGAAAAAUUAGCUUCACCAGAAGAGCUCGAGCCUUUCAAAGAGCAUGCAUCUCAAAUGGCUGCACUGGAUUACAUUGUUUCUGUAGAAAGUGAUGUAUUUGUUCCAUCAUAUUCUGGCAAUAUGGCAAGGGCUGUUGAGGGACAUCGACGUUUCCUUGGUCAUAGAAAAACAAUUUCUCCGAACAGAAAAGGGCUCGUACAUCUCUUUGACAAAGUUGAUCGAGGAUUGCUCAAGUCACCCAAGAAGUUAUCCGGAUUGAUUAUUGAAAUGCACAAGAAGCGACAAGGAUCACCAAGGAAAAGAAAAGGGCCUCUUCGAGGCACAAGGGGAAUGGAACGGUUUCGGUCAGAAGAAGUAUUUUACGAGAACCCACUUCCUGAUUGCAUCUGCCGCAAGGGUGCAUAUUCUACAAACAGUGCUACCACUGGGUAUGGAGCUGUUGCUAUUUAGAAGCACAGAGCAAGAAAGGUUUUUGCUUCUCCUAGUUGGUAACUCAUGUAAAUGGUAGUAGUUACAUUGAUUCAUUGAUUUCACUCUAUGAGACUUUGUUUGAUAUAGGCAUGCCGGGAUUGUAUAUCUUGAGUGGCAUAGCAGCCUAACAUAUUCACUGUAGAUUUUAGGAAAGAGUUUGGUGUAGACAUGCCAACCGCUGAUCUUGGAGAGUUUUUACGUUAUGUUUUGAGUCAAGUUUGUAAUUGAGCAACCGAGCUUCUCCUGUUGUAACACAAUGAUAUAAAGGAAUAAUUUCCUUUCUGAUUUA